AUGCCCGCGCGACCGGACGCGGGCACCAAGCGCGGCGUGGCCACCGACGGGGUCGUCGCGGCGGCCCCGGGACCGGGGCGCGGAGGGGGCGCGAGCGCGGCUACGCCGCGGGGACCGGCUGCGCUCGGAGCGACCGCCGGCGUAUACGGGGCGCACUGCGGCGCGGGGGGGACGCUGGCGCGGGCGUGCGGGGACCGGAGGCGGCACGGGAGACCGGGCCGAGCGGCGCGGGCGCCGCAGGCGGCGCGGGGGCGGCGGGCCGGCCCGGGCCGGCGCGGGCCUAGCUACGACGGCAGCCACAGGCGCGGCGGACGGGGGCACCGAAAGAGGGAUCCAGUGCGGGCGCCGGGGGCCGCCAGGGCAUGCGGGCCGCGGGGGGGCGGGGCGCGAGGGGGCGCGCAACCCAACCGGGGGCCCGGACCGUGGGGCGACUCGCACGCCGAGGCGCGGCACGGGGGCCGCGGGACCGGGCGCGGCCGGGCAGGCACGAGGGGGCGCGACGCGGCCGAGGAUAAUAUAAGUUGGCGAGGGCGUGAUCCGCGACAGGAGGGCGUCAGGGGGGCUAUGGAGGGUCGGCGCGGUCGGCCAGCCGGUGGGCAGCCGUGGGCUGCGGAUUAG